GUCGCUGAGCAAACAUGUGGGCCGCUCUCAGGGGGCGGCCGGGGCUCCACUUGGGGCUCCUGAGCGGUGCCCGAGGUCUGCACAGCUCUCCUGUGUCCUGUGGCAAGAACAUGCUCAAGAAAUUUGCUUCGAAAACCAACUGUAAAAAGUGGAACUUGAGUUCCUGCUGACCUCCAUCUCUUAUCUGCUGGUGCCCAGAUGGUCCUCACCCCCCUCCCUUGAUUGUCUGCAGCAGUCGGGAGCCUGGCUCUCCCAUCUGCCUUCUGCUGACCUAGCUGUUGAUGUGUGACCGUGUCAGUUGUUAUCCAGAUCCCAGGCAGCAGCUUUGUGGAGUAGGACAGUGCUGUCAUGCAUGUGGAAGAAGUUCUGGUAUGAAGGUCCUUCCUUGGGCUCUCACUUGACCCACAAGUCAUCCCAGUUGGAUUUCCUGACAAAGAGCACUUCUCAGAGAACCCGGAAGGAAGACCAGGUACGCCUGAGGGCCCUGAAUGGUCUCCUCUACAAAGCGCUCACAGACUUGCUGUGCACCCCUGAAGUGAGCCAGGAGUUGUGCGACCUGAACGUGGAGCUCUGCAAGGUCUCUCUGACUUCAGAUUUCUCUGCCUGCCGUGUCUUCUGGAGGGCGACCCUCUCUGAGGCUCAGAACGCACACACAGAGGCCGUCCUGCGGAGGAGCGCUGCGCACAUGAGGCAUCUUCUGAUGUCGCAGCAGACCCUGAGGAACGUGCCGCCCAUAGUGUUUGUUCAGGACAAAAAAUAUGCAGCUGUGAUGGAGGUUGAUCGGCUGCUGGCAAUUGCUGAUUUUGGACCCCAGGGUGAAAAAGAAGACUUUGUGCAAAGUGACUUCAGUGACCCCGAGGCCCUGGACGCGGCUUCGCCAAGUGAUACCCUGGGCCCUGCUGCACGCUUGAACCUGUGUGGGAUUGACCAUGAGGCACUCAACAAGCAGAUCCUGGAGUACAAGAGGAGGAGAGCGCAAGGGCAUGGGAGCACGGGCCCCCUGUGGCCAGAGCACGUGGCUGACCUGACGAAGCAGAUGAGGAGGAGGAAGGCCAAGACCCACGUGGACGAUGACCUCUCUCCCAAGAACUAUCUGCACGGUGGGGAGUGACAAGCCCCUGGACAAUCGAGGGGCCUUCUGAGGAGCACGCCCCAGGGUACGAGUGGGGCUCCGAGAAGAAGAGCAGGAACUGAGGUGGAGAGAAAGGACCAGAAGGCAGUGGAUCGUGACUCGGCUCCGGGCGCAUGCGCAGUGCAGAUGCCGUCCGCACUCCUUAUACGGUGUUGCAGAGGAGGCCUGUGGGAAGGGUGUAAAACCCUCUUGGUGGAUGGCGAGCGGUCUGGCCUCCUUAUUUGGGAUCCACGUGUGCACGUUUGCUCACGCACUGGUUUCUCCACAGCCCCCAGAUCUGUGGCUGCCGUGCUCCCCUGGUCUUCCUGGACGAGCAGACUCGUGGACACUUGAGUCCUGGGAUUCACCGGUGGCCUCUGUUCACAGAGGCGCUGCUUUGCCUGCUUCGUUCGCCUCAUACUAUAAACGGCUGUCCUCUCCGCA